AUGGAUUUGAAGAAAGCUAAAGAGCAGAUUAAAUUGGGAAUGAAAACUGUGAUUAAGGACUUGAAUGUUUUGACGUUGGAUGAUUUGGUGAAAGGGGAUUUGAGGACGUUGAGGGAUAAUAUUUUGGGGCUGAACAAUGGUACUCUCGCUAAUAGCCAGUUGGAAGCACUUAAGCAGUCAGCGCAGAAGAAGAGUCUGGAUGAACUUGCUGGUAAAAGUGGUGAUAAAUCAAUCAUGAAGCUGACGAACGAACUUGACACUAAGUUUAAGGAUGCGAUCCAAAAGCCGCUUACCACGGCGGUCGAAGCAGUUGACUCCGCGAUUCAGACGCUUGGCGGGAAGUUUAAAACAAGUGAGAAGUUGGAUACCAUUGAUAAGAUUUUCGGGCAUAUUAAAGAUAAGGUUGGGGAGAUUAAGGGGAGUGAAAGCAGUAAAACGGGGCUAGAAGGCAUCGUAAAGAAAGUGAAGGAUCUUGCCAACGCUUUUGUUAAUUCAGGCGGAAGAGGUUUCAGGGCUAGAGUGGACGGUUGGGUGGAAGGUGUAGUAGGUAACGGGAAGCCUCUAGGUACCAGGGAUCAUAAGCCCGGCAUGAAAGCCGUAACGUCUUGGCUUGAGUCGUAUAAGGAGGCGGCCAGGCGGGGAGGGCAGAAUGAAGGCAAUUUUAAAGAUCAGGUUAAGAAUAAGAUUAUGCUACAGCCUCAAAUCUCACAUGCCAUUAAGGAAGCUCAGCAGCAUAUUACAGCACAAAAAGUAAACGAUAAAAUUGUCAACAAUCUCACUGCCAUUGUAAGCGCUUGCAAUACGUUCGUCUCAGAGCUCGAUAAGGAGAUUAUGAAGGACAAACUUGGCAAACUUGCCGAUCCCAUAGCUCAGAAGAUUAAGCAUUGGAUGGAGGGGCAGAGCGUUUGGAGCCAUGUGAACAACGGCGACGCUGAUCUCAAGUGUGCCAUACGCUACACCCUCCUUGCGCUCUGCGCCGGCGUCAAGCAGGUAGCCACGGAGAUCAAUUCACUAGGUACCGACAAGUUUGGCAAAAUCCUGGACGCUAUUAAACCGACUGUAGAUGAUCUCGACAAGCAGCUGAAAGAGGCGACACAAAUCCCUAAACCAGCCGGCGCUCAAAAGGAUAGCCCCGCCCAGGCCGUGGACAGUAAGUUGAAGGACGUGAGGGAUGAGGUUCAGGGGCUUGAAGGCAAAUUCACUGCUGUCAAACAUGAUCUUCAAAAAGCGGUAGAUGAUCUUCCCAACGCCGUUGACAAUUUCAACCAACAAGCUCAAGCGCAGAUCAGGGCUGCGGCUAAGGCGGCGAUUGGGAAGGCGGCUGGGGAAAUUAGCACUGGUAGUGAUCCAAAGGCAAUCAAAUUGGAGAACAAAAUGCCCACAUUUAACGGUCAGUUCAGUCAGAUCCAAAGUAACCUCCAACCCGUCUCCUCCCACCGUUUCAUGAGCAACCAGCAACCGCCAAGCGACUCUCCACCAGUAAGACACCAACCACAAGUAUCCCACAAUAAAAUCGUCCCAUCGCGACAUCUAUGUAUUGCGAACCUUGCCCCACACAUUGCUGGCCGCACGAGGUGCAACUUCUGA